CAAUUUCCUUGCAAACGUAGAGACACCACUUCUUACGUCGCCUCGACUCUAGACACACACGGGUAGAUUUUAUUUUUGCAGAUUUUAAGAUACCGCGACAGAAGUUCACAUACAGGACAGUGUGUAGAUUUAAGAAUGGACACCGACAAAGAUAACUGCACUUUCAUUCAAGCCGGGGCGAUUAAAACUAACGGCGCCGGACAUACGCACAGUCAUGGAGAUGAUGGGCACUCACACGAUCACGGACACACCCACGAAGUCCUUGAUAACCCGGGGAAAUAUACGUCACGUGACAGGCCAAUAAUGAGAUCUGACUGGAAACAGAGGGCGUUCACUGUUGGCAUUGGCGGACCAGUGGGUUCUGGGAAGACUGCACUAGUUCUUGCCCUUUGUAAGCAUCUCCGAGACACACAUAGCGUUUGUGUAGUUACCAACGACAUUUUCACCAGGGAAGAUUGGGAAUUUCUAGUUCGGAACAAAGCUUUACCGGAAGAGCGCAUGCGCGCAGUUGAAACUGGAGGAUGUCCACAUGCAGCUAUACGCGAGGAUUUUUCAUUGAAUCUCGAGGAGGUGAAAGAGUUGACUCAAGAAUUUCAUCCAGAAUUAGUCAUCAUAGAAUCAGGGGGAGAUAAUCUAGCAGCAAAUUUUAGCCGGGAGCUAGCGGAUUACAUAAUUUACGUCAUUGACGUGGCCGGUGGUGACAAAGUACCACGUAAAGGUGGACCCGGAAUAACCCAAAGUGACAUGCUAGUCAUUAAUAAGACAGAUCUUGCCGACGCCGUCGGCGCUGACUUAAAGGUGAUGGACAGAGAUGCAAAACUAAUGAGACAAGAAGGACCCACCAUUUUCGCUCAAGCUAAGCACAUGGUGGGAAUACCGGAAAUAGCCAGCCUCAUUUUGGAAUCGAUGAGGAACGCUACACAAAAUGGCGUGUGAAAAAGAUAAUAAGAAUAUUAAGACAGACUUUUCAUGACGCAAUUGAUGACAGUUUAUAAAAUAAAGAUCCACUUCUUUCUGUCCACCUAUAAAUGUGCUGCAUCAAUAGAAAUCCAUUGGACACUAUAAAGUUAAUUCAUCGAUAAAACGAAUCCAUUUACAAUCGGAUAUCUUCGUCACUUCCGGUCUUUUAUAAGUAUUUGAAAAAAGACUACCUGAUUAAGAUUUUAUGUUGCUCUUUGUCAUUUCAAAGCUUUUUGAUAUUUGAAGUCGCGGAAAUAUGCCGAUAAUUCACGUACUUAAGACGGAUUUUAUAAAUUGAUGUAUAUAGUGUUUCUAUAAUGGAAUGGUUACUGCAAUAAAUCAUAAAAUCUG